CUUGCCUUUUAAAAAAGUAAGCAAACAUCAUUCACUGCUUCUCUUUUCUCUGUUAUUUAAAACCCUCUCCCUCCUCUCGCUCUCUCUUCUCUCCUUUUCUUCUCAUCCGAAAACAGAGUCUUCUAAGCCUUUUGCAGAAGAUGAUCGAGCUCUCUUUCUAACCUAAGAUAAUUUGAGUCAUCAGGCCACGAAAAAUUAAUCUUUUUUGUAUAAUUGUUUUGCUUCAUGAUCUUGACAAGCAGAGGAUUAGAUUGGAACAAUGACGAGGAUAAGUCGUGAUUUUGGAGAUACAAUGCAGAAGGAUGCGGUUCCGUCGGUCGCGGCCGACGUGACCUUUCCUUCUAAUCGGUUUCCAAAUUAUAAAAUUGGUGCAAACAAUCGAAUUUUAGAGCCAAAGGAGGGACGGGAGAUACCAUCCAUGAAAGACGUUGUUGCAAGGGAGACUGCCCAGCUGAUAGAGCAGCAAAAACGUAUGUCGGUCCGUGAUCUUGCCAGUAAAUUUGAGAGGGGUUUGGCUGCUGCUGCUAAAUUAUCUGAUGAGGCUAGACACAGAGAGGCAGCUUCAUUGGAGAAACAUGUCCUUCUGAAGAAGCUUAGAGAUGCUUUGGAAUCCUUGAGAGGGCGUGUGGCAGGUCGGAACAAAGAUGAUGUCGAGGAAGCUAUCUCUAUGGUCGAAGCUUUAGCAGUACAGUUGACUCGAAGAGAAGGAGAAUUAAUUCAAGAUAAGUCUGAAGUGAAAAAGCUAGCAAAUUUUCUGAAACAAGCUUCUGAGGAUGCUAAGAAACUGGUUGAUGAGGAAAGAGCAUUUGCUCUAGCUGAAAUUGAAAAGGCUAGAGCAGCAGUGCAGAGAGUUGAAGAGACGUUCCAGGAACAAGAACAGAUUUCUCAAACUUCUGGGAAGCAGGAAAUAGAAGAACUGAUGAAGGAGGUUCAAGAGGCUAGAAGAAUUAAAAUGCUCCAUCAACCAAGCAAGGUGAUGGACAUGGAACAUGAACUUCGAUCAUUAAGGACUCAACUUGUAGAGAAGUCAUUGUAUUCUCUUCAGCUUCGUAAGGAGCUGGAAAUGAGCAAGAGGCUUGAGGAGGGCAGCUCUCAUUUAUAUGUAUUGGAUGGUUCUGACCCUGACGCCUUAGGUUCAUGUUUACGUAUCAUUCCUGGCAUGGAUAGAGCUCCAGAUCUUUCAAAAUGUUCUAUUCAAUGGAAUCGUGUAUCCACGGACGGUAGCAGAAAAGAACUUAUUACUGGGGCCACAAAAUCGGUUUAUGCUCCAGAACCGUUUGAUGUUGGGAGAAUCUUGCAAGCUGAUAUAGUUGCAGAGGACCAAAGAGUCACAGUGAGAACCAGUGGUCCCAUUGAUCAUGCUCCAGGAUUGGGAAGCUAUGUGGAGGCACUUGUUAGGAAGCCUGAGACAGAGUUCAAUGUUGUUGUUACCCAAGUGAAUGGAAAGGAUCAUCCACCUCAUUGUGUUCACGUAUUUCAUGUGGCGAGGAUGAGAAUCAAGCUUUGUAAAGGAAGGAUUACAAAGGCUAAGGAGAAUUACUCCACUUCGAUGCAGCUAUGUGGGGUCAGAGGGGGUGGUAAUGCUGCUGCUCAGGCACUGUUCUGGCAAGCAAAGAAGGGUCUUUCCUUUGUAUUAGCCUUCGAAUCAGAUCGAGAAAGGAAUGCAGCCAUUAUGCUAGCCAGGAGAUUUGCUUUUGACUGUAAUAUCAUGCUCGCUGGGCCAGAUGAUCGAUCUUCUCUAUGAACCAAACAGGCUUGAUUGGUUUCUCUCACCACAUAGUGUAAGUAUAUUGAGGUUUCUGGAAUGUGUAUUUGUAUGUUUGUAACAGAAAGAAAAAAAAAAAAAAGGUACAAAAAAAGAAAUUGGCUUUGUAUUAUUGUAUACUGGGCUUCCACAAUUCUGUUUGCAUCCAACGUUAAGGCAUCCUUUUUAUUUGCCUUAUUUGGCUUGUAAGAAAUUUUCCCACUUAUAUUUAAAAUUGUUCAUUUGCUGCUUG